AUGAAAACAUUCAGCAGACAAGAGUUUAAAAUUAGGCAAGGAAGUGGAGCCAAAAAGGGUGGGAGCACAUGCAUGGAGCAUAGGCGGGUCAAUGUUCAACAGAGAAAGGAAGCACGAGAAGUCCACAAAAGCAAGCAGAAGGGACAAGGGAAACUCGAUCCCAUGCCAUGUGCGGAUGGGGCAUUAUUUCACUUUGAAAAUAGCAAGUGUGUCUCUCAACAGAAACAAGCUUAA